GUCCGUCCGCUUCUCGCACCCAUAAACACCCAGGAGUAAAGAUAAGGGAGGGUGGGGGGGACACAGAGUAAAAAUAAACCCCGUUUGUCACAGCGGUGGCCUCAUUUCCUGCGCGCUUUUCUGGGCCGUCACAAGGAGCGGUCCUCUGGGCUUCAGCAGCCGGGCUCAAUCGCAACGUGUCUGUGGAGAGUGUCACCGCAGUCGGGGCUGUGUGUUUAUGUGAAGCAGGCUGCUUUAAUGGGGCUGCCGUCAGCCCGUCUCUCCGCCUCUGGACAGAUGAUCGCCGUGAUUCACGCCUGAAUUUAGACCCUCUAAAGACGCCUCUGUGGAUAUGGAAUGGUGCAUGCCGCUGGGCCAAGUUUUCAGCCUCUGAAAAACCCCGGAAUCAUGGACAGUCACCCGCUGUGCACCAGACUUUGUCCGCACUCUCUGGACAAAGAAGACGGAGUCGAGAGGCAGGGUCCCGUCACCCUGAACCCUCGGCACAUGAGGAAGGCGUUCAAAGUCAUGAACGAACUGCGCAGCCAGAGCCUUUUGUGUGACGUGACCAUAGUGGCGGAGGAUGUGGAGAUCGCCGCUCACAGAGUGGUCCUGGCCGCUGGAAGCCCGUACUUCCAUGCAAUGUUCACGGGGGAGAUGGCAGAGAGCAGGGCGAAACGAGUGAGGAUAAAGGAGAUGGAUGGCUGGACUCUGGGCCUGCUGGUAGACUACAUCUACACAGCAGAGAUACAGGUCACAGAGGACAAUGUGCAGGCGCUGUUGCCUGCAGCAGGACUGCUUCAGCUGAAUGAGGUGAAAAAGGCUUGUUGUGAGUUCCUGAGCUCUCAGCUUCAUCCGUCCAACUGUCUGGGAAUACGAGCCUUCGCUGACCUGCACGCUUGCUCCCAGCUCCUCGCGCAGGCGAACAGCUAUGCAGAGCAACAUUUUACCGAGGUGGUUGGGAGCGAGGAGUUCCUCAAUUUGGGCAUGGAGCAAGUGUCCAGCCUCAUCGCCAGUGACAAGCUCACGAUUCCCACAGAGGAGAAGGUUUUUGAAGCGGUGAUAGCUUGGGUCAACCACGACAAAGAUGUCCGCCAGGAACACUUGGCUCACCUGAUGGAACACGUCCGCCUGCCGCUUCUCUCCAGAGAAUACUUGGUGCAGCGGGUGGAGGAAGAGUCUCUUAUUAAGAAUAGCAGUGCAUGUAAAGACUACCUGAUCGAGGCCAUGAAGUACCACCUGCUGCCAGCUGACCAGAGAGCUCUAAUGAAGACGGCGCGCACGCGCAUGAGGACUCCAGCCUGCUGUCCCAAGGUUAUGGUGGUGGUCGGGGGUCAGGCCCCCAAGGCUAUCCGGAGCGUUGAAUGUUACGACUUUGAGGAGCAGCGGUGGUACCAAGUGGCUGAACUCCCAACAAGGAGGUGUAGAGCAGGUGUGGUGUAUGUCGGUGGUUGCGUCUACGCUGUCGGCGGGUUCAAUGGGUCUUUACGUGUGCGCACGGUCGACUGCUACGACCCGAUGAUGGACCGCUGGACGAGUGUGAGCAGUAUGCAGGACCGCCGGUCAACGCUCGGAGCUGCUGUUCUCAAUGGGCUCCUGUACGCUGUGGGAGGGUUCGACGGCAGCACAGGUCUGUCUACAAUUGAGGCAUACAACGCUAAGACAGACGAGUGGUUCCAUGUGUUACCCAUGAGCACCCGACGCAGCAGUGUGGGAGUGGGUGUUGUCAAUGGGAUCCUGUAUGCUGUCGGAGGUUAUGACGGAGCCACCAGGCAAUGUUUAAGUACGGUAGAAGCUUACAACCCUAAAAGCAACGCUUGGAGCUACAUUGCAGAGAUGGGCACUAGGCGCAGCGGAGCAGGGGUGGGUGUUUUAAAAGGUUUACUGUACGCUGUGGGGGGGCACGACGGCCCGUUGGUGAGGAAAAGCUGUGAAGUUUAUGAUCCAGCCUCCAACAGCUGGCGACAAGUAGCUGACAUGAACAUGUGUCGACGCAACGCAGGUGUGUGCGCUGUAAAUAACUUACUGUAUGUGGUGGGAGGAGAUGACGGCAGCUGCAAUUUGGCCUCGGUGGAGUUCUACAAUCCAAACUCUGACAAGUGGACGCUACUGCCGACCUGCAUGAGCACGGGACGCAGUUAUGCAGGUGUGACUGUGAUCGACAAGCCCUUAUGACUGCUCUUGACACCUGCCGCUGAUUCGGAGCAGAGUGUGUUCUGCUGAAUACUGAUCUUGGAUCUGUCUACGAUGCCAAUGCUUCAGUGUUGGGCAGCAUUAGCACAGGCACUGACGAAGAUGAAGAUGAUGACAAGAUUGUUGUUGUUGGGGAUGAUGUUGAUGAAGAUUUUUGCACUUACCUGAAUGGGGGAGCUGUAACAAAGCAGAGGAUCAAACCUGUGUUGUAAGCCCCUUUUGGCAGGACUGCAGCAGCGACUGGACAAACCAGUCUGAAGCACCACUGUGCCACAGCAGUGCCACUGAAACGCUACUGAUUUGAAGCUACUACAACUGCAAAGUUACUUUAACGUUAGUAAUGUUGACAUGAACCAGCUCUGAGGGAGACCACUGGUCGAUUCUAUGGGAGAGGAAGGCCCGCAAGGACCGCUUAGGACAGACAUUUGUUCACCUUCGUUUAAAUCCCCCUGAGAAGUGUAUUUGCGUGUGUGUGCUAGCGUACAAAGGUGCUUGCACAUGUGAGGAUGUGUGUGUUUGUGCGCAUCUGCGUGCGGUGACGCCAGGUCCAACGCCGCACGGAUGCACUGUCUGACCUCUGACCUUUUACAGUGUUGCAGUGUGGCUGGUUGAGAGUGCCUGAGUGUCAAAGUACACCCCGCUUCCCUCCUCCUCCUCCUCCUCCUCCUCCUCCUCCUCCUCCUCUUCGUCCUCCUCCUCCUCCUUCUUCUUCUUCUACUUCUUCUAUGUUAAGCCUUGAGUACUGUUAAUCGAUGGAGCACAGCUGGACUCGCUGUUCUGGGAUAAAUCAAACACAUUUUGACCCGGGAGUGUUGUGACACUUGCAUUAGCCCGCGUUAAUUCACGACGGCGCCGUGAGAAGCAGUUGAAGGAACCCUGAUCGUGUGCAUUAACUCUGGAGACUUUCAGCGGAAGACGUCCGAUCAAGGAGAAGACUCAUUGACGUUGGCAGCCAGAUGUGGAAGCUGUUUGAGAUAGAAAACGGUUGGAUGUAUCAGUGCUUUACUGUCACCUGGCAGCCAUAUUUACCGUGGUUGUAGCCACUAAUGACAACAGCAGCCUGAGCUCACUGCAUGGUCCCCUGUCUCUAACCUGCCGUCCCUCCCUGCACACCCUGACGUACUAUGAAUGUGCCAAUUAAUAUGUCUCUUCGUUUUUCCGUCUCUCUUUAUUGCUCUACUAAUCUGUUUUCUCUUUCUGGAAAGUGACCAAACUUACUCUUGAUUUCCUUUUUCCUUCAGUCUCUUUCUCUUGCUUCUCCUGCUAUAUUGAAACUCGCUAUAAUAGUAACUGGUAUCGCUGUUUCUUGUCAGUGUAUUGAGGAAUGUUGCGUAGGCUAAUGACUUUGAAAAUGUUUAAUUACUUGUUUUAUAUUAUCAUUAAUAAAUAUGCUUCUUGUAUUUAAAGCUGUGAAAUGAUAUUACCCAUUUUUAAAACUUUGCCAAAUCAGUAAAACAUUGAAAUGGAAA